AUGGAUGACGACAACCUCCUGCGAACGCUGCAACAGCGAUACAUAUCUACAGGUCCUCGGCCCGAGUACAAAGACUAUCCACACAAGGAAGAAACGGACCUGGAUGCAGACAUCACAGAGGCAGAAUGUGCCGUCGCAGCUAUUACGGACCUGGAGCUGCCGUCAAAAUUAUACCUGAUGGAAGGCAUUGUGGUGAACAUCUUGAAGAACUUCGGUUUUGGACAAAUCGCCAGCGCUAUGUUCGAAGUCUGCAAGACAGUAGGGGGUAUAAUGGACACCGUGGACAACCUCAGCUUCGGAAUAGUUGGCAGCAUCAUUGAUCCUGUAAAGAAGUUACUCAGUUUGCUUCCAGUCCCGGACUGCUCGGCCAACAGCAUAAAAGGAACAGUCAAGUGCGGCAAUCGCAUAUCGGUCAAGCUGCCCAGCUCCCUCAAUGCCAAAGAGUGCUUCAAACACGUCAGCCUCACCUGCAUCGGGAGUAAGGCUAACAAGGGCCCUGCACUAGUGGACCUCUUCGAGACCAUCAGCUGCCUCAGCGGAAAGGCGUUCGAUGCCACAACACCUGAGGGCAUCACAGGUCUUGCCUGCAGCGUACUCACCGGCUGGGCCAAGAGCGCAAGGGUCAUAGAUAUCAAGAGCUUGCUGCCUUUCCCGCUGCCGAUACCGCUACCAGGGCUUGGAGGCAGUUCCAGUUCGACUUCUGAAGACGGAUCGAAGGGACUCGUAUCGGAUGUGUUGGGCGCAAUUACCGAUCCCUUGGGAAUACUGACGCCUAAUGACGACGAUUCUGGAGGCAAUGGACUCAUUUCGAAUGUGUUGGGUGCAGUUACCGAUCCCUUGGGAAUACUGAAGCCUCAUGACGACGAUUCUGGAGGCAAUGGACUCAUUUCCAAUGUUUUGGGUGCAGUUACCGAUCCCUUGGGAAUACUGACGCCUCAUGACGACGAUUCUGGAGGCAAUGGACUCAUUUCGAAUGUGUUGAGUGCAGUUACCGAUCCCUUGGGAAUACUGAAGCCUAAUGACGACGAUUCUGGAGGCAAUGGACUCAUUUCGAAUGUGUUGGGUGCCGUUACCGAUCCCUUGGGAAUACUGAAGCCUCAUGACGACGAUUCUUCAGGUGACAAGCCUCAGGAACUGAAUGAUGACUCAACCACCGAGGAUAAACAGCCACAUGGACUACUUUCCAACGUUUUCGGAAUUGUGCAACAAAAGCCACAGACACAGGACCAGCAGUCCCAACUGAUGUCACUACCUGAGCAACUGCAGGGCACCCCGCAGAACCAGACUUCAUUUUCUGAGGCAAAUGACCAAAGGAAUCCUCAGAGCGAAGGUGGCGCCGCAAACAGCAACUCAAAAGUGUCAGCGAAACCAAAGGGACUUCUUUCUGGCUUGCUAGGAGGAUUUCUUGGACCAGAUACAGCAACCAAGGCAUCCGACCAAGAUGAGUCAGGGUCUCUGUCCACAUCUUCUGAACAGGUUGCUAGUACAACGACUAAACCAUCUGAUGUUGCGGUUGAAUCACCUGAAGAGGUGGAGUCCGAGACAGCUAACAACUCAAACGAACCUGCCAAACCAACGGGGCUUCUUUCGGGCUUGUUAGGAGGGGGGCUUUUUGCACCACACACAGAAACCAAGACUUCUCACCAAGACGGGUCAGGGUCUCAGUCCACAACUUCUGAAGAGAUUGCUACAACAACAGCUAAACCACCUGAUGUUGCUGUUGAGUCACCAGAAGGCGCGGAGCCCGAGACAGACGAUAACUCAAAAGAGCCUGCGAAGCCAAAGGGACUUCUUUCUGGCUUGCUAGGAGGGCUUCAUGAACCGGACACAGUAACCAAGACAUCCCACCAAGACGAGCCAGGGUCUGAGUCCACAUCUUCUGAACAUAUUGCUACUACAACAACUAAACCGCCUGAUGUUGUGGUUGAAUCACCAGUAGAGGCCGAGCCCGAAACAGACAACUCGAAAGAACCAGACGGACUUCUUUCUGGCUUGCUAGGAGGGAUUUUUGCACCGCACACAGCAAGCAAGACAUCCCACCAAGAUGAGUCAGGGUUUCAGUCCACAUCUCCUCAACAAGUUGCCAGCACAACGACUAAACCAUCCUAUGUUGCGGUAUCAUCCGAAGGGGUGGAGUCCGAGCUAGCUAACUCAAAAGAACCUGCCAAACCAGCGGGACUUCUUUCUGGAUUGUUGGGAGGAGGGCUUUUUGCACCACACACAGAAACCAAGACUUCCCACAAAGACGAGUCAGGGUCUCAGUCCACAUCAUCUGAGCAGAUUGCUACUACAACGACUAAACCGCCUGAUGAAUCACCAGGAGAGGCGGAGACUGAGACAGAAAACAGCUCAAAAGAACAAAGUGGACUUCUUUCUGGCUUGCUAGGAGGGAUUUUUGCACCACUCACAGCAACCAAGACAUCCCACCAAGACGAGUCAGGGUCACAGUCCACAUCUUCUGAACAGAUGGCUAGUACAACGACUAAACCAUCUUAUGUUGUAGUUGAAUCACCGGAAGAGGUGGAGUCCGAGACAGAGAACGACUCAAAAGAACCUGUCAAACCAAAGGGACUUCUUUCUGGCUUGUUAGGAGGAGGGCUUUUUGAACCAGACAAAGAAACCAAGAUUUCCCACCAAGACGAGUCAGGAUCUCAGUCCACAUCUACUGAACAGAUUGCCACUACAACGACUAAACCACCUGAUGUUACGGUUGAAUCACCAGAGGAGGAGUCCGAGAUAGACAAUUCAAAAGAACCAGCUAAGCCAAAGGGACUGCUUUCUGGCUUGCUAGGAGGGCUUCUUGUGCCGGACACAGCAACUAAGACAUCCGACCAAAACGAGUCUGUGUCUGACGCUGCUUCUAAUAAAGAGAUUUCUACAUCAACGACCAAACAACCUGAUGUUGCGGUGGAAUCAUCUCAUGAGCCUGAAGCCAAGCCAGAGGACAAAUCAAAAGAAAAAACGAAGCCAAAGGGUCUUCUGUCUGGCUUAUUUGGGGGCCUGCUCGGAUAG